AUUGAUCGCUCUCAAAAUAUCAACAGUUGGUAUUUUUUGAAUGUUUUCAAGAUCAAAACUAAUAAAAUGCGGAAGUUUUAUGAAUGUCACUGACUACUUGAAUUGAGACGUCUUUCAAGAUGCCCAGAGAAGCUCCCCUGUCAUUAAUCAAUAGAUAUUUACACCACAACAGACAAAAUGGGUUGAUGAAUGAGAGAGCUAAACCUGGUACAGCUUACAGACCAACAGACUUAGAACAUAUAGCUAAUGUCCUUACUCAUGGGAUAUGGGUGUUACCUAGCUUGCUAUGUGGCAUAUGGAUGAUGUAUAUAGCAAAUAACUCCUUGCAAUAUGUUAGCGCUGUAAUAUAUGGUGCUGCCCUCUGGCUUCUUUUUACUGUCUCAACAACAUUUCAUACCCUUUCUUAUUCAGGGAAAUUCUCAUCAUUAAAGAAUUUUUUUCACAUCGGUGAUCGUGCAGUCAUAUACAUCUUUAUAGCAGCAUCUUAUACACCAUGGCUAUGUAUAAAAGAUUUUAACCAAUGGGGUAAUAUUGUUCUAUGGUUGGUGUGGAUUAUGGCUAUAUGUGGUAUUUUAUAUCAGUAUAUAUUCCAUGAACAAUAUAAGUUGAUGGAAACUAUAUUUUACCUGAUAAUAGGUGUCUGUCCAGCAUCAGUAGCUUUUUUGAUGACAGAAGAUUCAGGAUUAACCGAGUUGUCACUAGGGGGCGCCACUUAUAUCAUUGGUGUGAUAUUCUUCAAAUCCGAUGGUUUAAUUCCCUUUGCUCACGCUAUUUGGCAUUGUUUUGUAUUGGUUGGCUCAAUGUUUCAUUAUUAUGGUGUUGUUACCCAUUUAUUAGGCCCCAAAGAUAAUUUGUCUAAUGUUGAUAUACCUCAACCCCUUCAUAAUGAAUUAUAA